AUGAUCCGGAUCGCAACUCAGAAACGAGCAGAUGCCAAACGAAACGUUAAAGAACUGGUUGACAUAAUUUUCACCAUAGAAACGCAACACAAGCACUCCCAGGUCGCCUCGGUAUUCAACAAACUCCUAGAAGCCUGGGGGAAAUUACUGGCACUGCUAACGAGCCAACACUAUAGAACAGCACAAAGAUCGAGGGGCUUCUUCUACCUUCACGCCAACAAAGAAGGACGAGUAGAAGCGCGCAUGCUCCGAGGACUGCAAACACAUGCACAAGUCAAUCGGAUUAAGACCAAGGCAGGAAAGACCAAUAUACUACAGGAGGAAAUAGCAUCAGAGUUCCUGACAUUCAACGCUUCCCUCUACAACACCACCCAACUAGGAAAUGCAGGCACUGAGAAUGCUCACAAGCUGGAACGAAACAAUUUCCUAGAGACUUACGUCGCUUACACUCUCCAGGCAGCAGACACAGCGGCACUCAAAGUUCCUAUCACG